UACGUUAGAAGUCGAAUAUGGCAGGAUGACAGGUACAUGGAAGUCCUUUCAACGGGAGGAGGCACCCGAGGUGAGGCGGAAGCCUGGGCUGAUCCCUGGGCAAGAAGAAAGACCCCACCCCGUUCAAGUCGGAAAAAGAAAACAUCCAGAACAAGAAGUUACUCCACUGGUUCAUCCUCUCAUUCAUCCUCCAGAACAUCUCGCUCCUCAUCCUACUCGAGCAGAAGUAGAACCAGAAGUGAAAGUAGAAGCUCCAGAAGCAGCAUGGGGAGUCGUAGCAGUAGGUCACGUUCUUCUUCACAUUCACCCUCCCCAGGGCGACGACGAGGCAAUCACCAUAAAUCUGGCAUACGUUCUUUGUCCAUGAAAGGAAGACCUCCUCCACCUACUGGAUCUCAUACCCGACCUCCGAUACCCCGCAGACCAGUUGAACCCAGAGACCCAAGGAUGCUUAACAUUCCUCGUCGCCCAGAGUCCAAGUCAAGCAAGAUGGAUUCCAAAGACAGGAUGCUCAAUAUACCCAGAAGACCAGAAUCAAAGGCAAACAAGUUGGAGGACAAAGAAAGGAUGCUUAAUAUUCCACGGAGACCUGAGCCAAAAUCUAGCAAGAUGGAUGCUGUCGAGAGGAUGCUUAAUAUUCCACGGAGACCUGAGCCAAAAUCUAGCAAGAUGGAUGCUAUUGAGAGGAUUCUUAACAUUCCUCGGAGACCUGAAACAAAAGGAAACAAGAUGGAUGCUAAAGAGAGGGUUCUUAACAUUCCUCGGAGACCUGAAACAAAAGGAAACAAGAUGGAUGCUAAAGAGAGAAUUGUGCCACCUCCCAUUGAUGUGAAACCCCCUAAAGUACCUCUCAGGGAAAGAUUGGACAAAUUUGGCCGCAUUAGGAGGGAAACCAGUCCUCAUAGGUCUAGAUCUAGAUCUCGUUCACAUUCAAGAGGAAGGCUAGGCAGAACAUUUUCUUCAAGUCGAUCAAGAUCCAGAUCUGGCUCCAGAUCAAGUUCAGCCUCUACUAGGUCGAGGUCUAGGUCACACUCAAGGUCAAGAGGGCACACUGUGUCCAGGUCUAGAUCACGUUCUAGUAGUUCCCAGAGUAGCUCUGCUUCAAGUGUAGGCAGUCGAAGACGAGUUGGGGUAAAGCGAAGGGUAACCCAAGGUACUGUGUCAUAUGGCCAGGCCAAGAGUAAGGCUAUGGAUCCCAUGAAGCUCUCAGGUCAGAAACAGCAAAUUAAACUAACACUUAAAGGUCCAGCAGUGCGACGACUUGACAAACCAGUAUUACCCCAGGAAGAUGACAGUGGUGAAUCUGAUACAGGUGGGAAAAUUGGCAAGAGAAAGCCAGAAAGUCCUCCUCCUGAGCCUCCUCCAGCUAAGAUUGUAGCAAGAAGUCCUCCACCUGCAGCUCCCGUAGCUCCACAAGUUAAAAAGCCCCAGGCUAAUCGAAGAGAGGAGUUACUUAAACAGCUCAGGGCCGUCGAGGAUGCCAUAGCUCGAAAAAGAACGAAACUACCAACAUAGCACAUUAAGAUUUGUGAUAUUGAUAAUUUAAGGAAGACAUGAUGAGUAUUUAUGAGCUAUCUGCGAUCAGAUGACUUCGUUUGAUAUCUCCCUGUAUAUAUAUACCAUAGGCUAAGGAUAUGCUCACAAACGGACCUGCUGCCUAGAGUCAUUAGAGUGUUAAUCUUGAUAUUUCACCGCAAGAAAGACGGAAUCCGGAUUUCCAAAUUCUGAUCAGCACAGAAUGCGUCAACUUCAAGAGAACUGCUAUUGGACCUUGAUGAAAUCAAGUACAGUACUUUUUGUUUCGUAGCUUGCAUCGCUCUUCAUUGGACACGGUAUAGGAAAUUUUUUUAAUGUGUAUAAGAUUGUCUUUAAGUGAUAUUUCACUGAGAUAUAAAUAUUAUCAAUCAGAUUUUUACCAUGUUACUUGUAGCUGUGGAAAACGCAUCUAUUGUUUAAGUGAUCUAAGUUCAGCCAAGUUCAUGUGAGCUUUAGGUGAAUACUGCAUCAGUUUUUUUACUUGAGUCAGUGACUUGAUAUUUCUAUGGGAUCAUCUCCUUCAUGUGAAAAUGUGACAUACAGUGAACUUUUUUGUCUGUAUCAUUAAAGAGAAUAUGGCG